AUAAAACUCCUAUUUUCUUUCUAAUCAGCUCGAAGUUCAGUUCAGAAACCAGGUCCAGCUCCGUCGGAGCUUCUCUUUUGAUCUCCCUUUUGCCGCUGUCGGAUCUUUUUCCUUCGUACGAGAGAUUUGGAGGUCUUAGAACGGAUAGAUUUGAUGUGCUGCAAUAGCAAAUCUGUAAGCCCUAAUUUCGUGAUGAACGGUGGAUUUAAGCAAGGGAAUUUGGGGGUUUGUUUAUCUGUUUUGCUGGAAUUUUCAGCUACAGAUGACCUUAUUGGGUUUAGGAGUGCUGUUGAGGAACAUGGUUAUGAUAUUGAUGAGGCAAGCUUGUGGUAUGGGAGAAGUAUUGGUUCAAAGAAGAUGAGAUAUGAAGAAAGGACUCCUCUAAUGGUUGCAGCCAUGUUUGGGAGCUUGAAUGUUCUGUCGUAUAUCGUUCACCGUGGUUGUGUCGAUGUUAAUCGGGCUUGUGGCUCUGAUGGCCCGACGGCGCUACAUUGUGCUGUUGCUGGUGGUUCUGCUGUUUCGGAUCAGGUUGUUGAACUCUUGCUUGAUGCGUCGGCUGAUGCGAGUGCUGUCGAUGCGAAUGGUAAUCAGCCUGGUGACUUGAUUGGUCGUGAUUUUAGUUUAGCUUCGUAUUCAAGGAGAAAGGUAUUACAACAAUUGCUCAAUGGUUGGGAAGAAGAUGGCCUUGGGUCGUCGGAGGCGAUAUUUUAUGAGAUGGAAACGCUGGAGCCGGUGGAGGCUUCGAGCUCUUGGGCUGCAAGAGAUGGGAUGGAGAAGAAAGAGUAUCGAGUUGAUCUCUCACUUCCUGAUAUCAAGAAUGAAAUGUAUAGCACAGAUGAGUUUAGGAUGUAUACUUUUAAGAUCAAACCGUGUACGAGAGCUUACUCUCAUGAUUGGACGGAGUGUCCGUUUGUUCACCCCGGGGAGAACGCGAGGAGGCGGGAUCUAAGGAAAUACCAUUACAGCUGCGUCCUGUGCCCGGAAUUCAGAAAGGGAACAUGUAGACAGGGCGAUGCGUGUGAAUAUGCUCAUGGAAUUUUUGAAUGUUGGCUUCAUCCUGCUCAAUACCGUACCCGUCUUUGCAAGGACGAAACUGGAUGCACCCGAAAAGUUUGUUUCUUUGCUCACAAACCGGAAGAGCUCCGCCCCUUGUAUGCUUCAACGGGUUCUGCUGUACCGUCACCGAGAUCAAUCUGUGGUUCUUCAUUAGACAUGGCGGCGAUCCGCUCACUUACCCUCGGUUCUCCUUCAGCUUUGAUGCCUUCUUCAUCGACUCCUCCUUUAACUCCUCCUACUGGAGUUUCUUCUCCAAUGGGUGGAACCAUGUGGCAGACUCAACCUCCGACCUUGCAGCUUCCAGGUAGCAGGUUGAAGGCAUAUUUGAACGCAAGAGACGUGGAUUUAGACGUCGAGUUACUUUGUCUCGAAAGUCAGCGUCAUCGACAAAAGCAGUUGAUCGAUGAGAUAUCGUGUCUACCUUCCCCUUCCAGAUGGAACAAUGGCUUGUCAACCACUGCACCUUUUCCAUCCCCAAGGAGUAGAAAUGGGGAGUUGAAUGGACUUGGAGGCAUGAAGCCUACGAACCUCGAGGAGUUUUUCGGGUCGGUAGAUCCCGCAAUGUUGCCUCAAUUACAAGGACUUUCACUGGAUUCUAUGGGAACUCAAGUACAAUCACCUUCCGGGAUUCAGAUGCGCCAAAGCCUGAAUCAGUCUUUCCUCUCGAGCUAUGCUAACAGCAUUGGCUCCCCACCUGCAAGGUCGUCUCAACCAUCCGUGUCUGCUGCAGCUAACGUUCUAAGUCCCAGGGGUGCGCUUUUCACCAACCGUAGCCAGAGCUUCAUCGAACAGAAUGCCAUGCCUUCGAACCUAUCGGAUUGGGGUUCGCCCAAUGGAAAGCUAGACUGGGGAAUUCAUGGAGAAGAACUCAUCAAGCUAAGGAAAUCUGCAUCAUAUGGGUUUCAAGGCAGUUCUCUGGCAACGCCCACAAUGCACGCUACCGCUCCCGAACCAGACGUGUCCUGGGUUCAGUCCUUGGUGAAGGAUACUUCGAGCGAGAACUCGGUGCAGUUGAGCAUGGAGCAGCAGAAACAGCAGCUUUGGCAUCUUGACAAUAGCGAUUUGAAGCAAAUGUACAUGGAACAAGAGCAGCUAGUUGCUUGAGCUUUGGAGUUUGGCCCUUUUUUUUUUUUUUUUUUUUUUUUUUUGUGCUUCCAUUUAAUGGAUUACUGAUCUUAUAAUAUUUUUUAAAUGCUCAUUGAUAUUCGUCAUUUUAGGUAAGGGAGAUUUUCCCCAAGCUAAAAGAAUAUUGUACCGAAAAGGAUUAAUCAAACCCGAGCAGAAAGGAAUGUUUCUGCUCAUUGCAUAACUAAUUCUUCUCGUUAUUUCAAAAAUUAGAAUAUUAUAUUUGACAUUUCAUAAACGUUUCUUAACUA